GUGACCGGGCGGCUUCUGGGACGGGCGGAGGCGGUGGAGCUGGGCGCCUAGCUGCGUCCUCGCGCCACCCCGUUGGGUCUUGGGGGUGCUGCGGCGGCUUGUUUUCGCAGCUGCUGCUUGUGGACAUCCUUUGAAGCCCAGCUACCUGAAAAGUAGCAGAAACCCAGCCCCAUGCCAUGGACGCCCUGAAGAAGCAGGCAUAUCUGGCAACUCAGAUGUUGAUCCAUACAACUAGGUAAAAAGAUGGCGUUUGUGAAGAGCGGAUGGUUGCUGCGACAGAGUACCAUUUUGAAGCGCUGGAAGAAGAAUUGGUUUGAUCUCUGGUCAGAUGGUCACCUGAUCUAUUACGACGACCAGAGUCGGCAGAGUAUUGAGGAUAAAGUCCACAUGCCUGUGGACUGCAUCAACAUCCGCACUGGGCAUGAAUGUCGGGAUAUUCAGCCUCCAGAUGGGAAGCCAAAAGACUGUAUGCUGCAGAUUGUUUGCCGAGAUGGGAAAACUAUCAGUCUUUGUGCAGAGAGCACAGAUGAUUGUUUAGCCUGGAAAUUUACACUACAGGAUUCUCGGACAAACACAGCUUAUGUUGGCUCAGAAGUCAUGUAUGAUGAGACGGUGGUGGCUGCUUCCCCACCUCCUUACACAGCCUAUGCCACACCAUCCCCUGAGCAGGCAUAUGGCUAUGGUCCAUAUAGUGGUGCCUACCCGCCAGGAACUCAAGUAGUGUAUGCUGCCAACGGACAGGCUUAUGCUGUGCCCUACCAGUACCCAUAUGCAGGACUUUAUGGACAGCAGCCUGCCAACCAAGUCAUCAUUCGUGAGCGGUAUCGAGACAAUGACAGUGAUCUGGCGCUGGGCAUGCUGGCGGGAGCAGCCACGGGAAUGGCCUUAGGGUCUCUAUUCUGGGUCUUUUAGAGUCCUUGGAGUCUAGAUAUGCAUAGCUUCUUACACCUGUGUGCAAUAAUAUAAUUUGCAGGGCAUUUUUGUUUGUUAUAAAUGUAUUAAAUAAUAGUUUUAACAGUUCUUUUGAUCAUAGUGACAUCAUAUCUAAUCCACAUUAGUACCACAGAGAUGAUUUUAGACUGCUGUUUAGCUAAUAUUGAUCUAUGAACUCUUUGAGGGCACUGGCUCAUUUCCAGAAUUCCCUUUAUGGAACUCUCAGAAUACCUUGCUUACUUGGACAUGAACAUCCCUGUUCAGAAAGGCAUAUUCUUCGAAUUAGGUGUAGUGUUUAAGGAAUAAGUUAUUUUAGCUCUAUGCUAGUAAAUAUGGUCAUGUAUGUGUGAGUGAUUGUGGCACCUUCUUUCGGUUACUGGAAAACGUCCAAACCUUAGACCAGAGCUGCCUGUAUUUGCUUUAGGAAUCCUAGGCUGGUGAGCUACAGGGGAACUUCCUCAAGGCAGUGGCAUGGUCCGUCCCCCUCCCCCGCUCCAGUUCCUCCUUUCUCCGCCUCCAGGCCUUACAGGUCUCCAGCAAGGCUGGCUGCCCAGGAUGAUGGUGGAGGGCAUUCCUCCCCCUUUACACUGAAGCUUGUUCUUUUUCUUUCUUUUUUUAAUAUCCAAAAAGGUUAGGUUUAGUAGAAGACAAGAAGGGAGCGAAAGUUACUUUCCCAGGCACAGGCGGGCAGAAAGAGCUGCCUGAAGCUUGGCCUUUGUCUUCUUGAUUGUUUAUGGUAGCAGUCCUUGGAAAACAUCACAAAUUAAGGAAUUUCUUUGAACCUCAAAGUUAUGUGGGUUUUUUUUUGCAAAUGUCUAGGUACCUAAAAAAAUACUGAUAGACACUGAGGAGAAAACCACCUCAGGAUAUAAAGGCAGAUGUGCUGCAGGAGGGGUGACAUAAGCUUAUAGCAAAUGUAUAUUGAAAAUUUUUUUUUGAACCUCAAAGUUUCAGGACUUCAUCCUUUAAACUUAAGGCAAAAACAAUUACUGACAAGUCUGUGGAGGUAGAUUUACUUUAUUCAGAAACAUAUUUUUAGUGCCCACUCUGAGUGGGUUUAUUGCCACCUAAGACUAUUUAGAGCUAUUUUUCUACUUUCUAGAAAGUGAUAUUGAAAAAGCGAGAGCCGUAGCCACAGUGUUGUGUUUGAGGCUUGCUGGGAUCGCACAUACAGAGGAUACUCUUCUCUGGUCUUCUGAAGCAGGAGCUCUGUCCUAUGUGGGAUAUGGGUGCUGUGACCUCUGGAGGGCUGGAGUGUGUGGCACCCCGAGGGAGGAGAGGGGCUGUGCACUGGGAUCCAUGGCUGUGAGAGGGGCUUGCCAAUAGUUGGGAAAUGAGGCCUAAGAGCAGGCAUGGCAUGCUUCAGAUAGCACUCAGCCUGACCAGUCUUGUUUUUAUUCUUGACCCAGAUGUCACAGAGAAGCUUAAACUAUUUAAUUUGUGACCCAGCUCUGUGUGAAGCUCUAGAACCCCACUGUCCUGCCUUUCUUAAUUCUUUAUCCAUGUGAAUUUUUUAAGCUCCUAAUUAUUCCUCUUUUUUGUCCUGCACACUUUAAAAGAAUAUACUUUGACAUUGGCAGUUAAGCACAGUGAAGUUCCAUGCCCUAUUUGCUGUGUGGCCCUGUUUUCAUAAAACACACUCCAAGUAGUACAGAUUUUUUUUUAACCUUUUAAAAGGACAGAUUUAUUAGGAAAAGGAGAAAGAAAAAGAGAGGCACCUGUAUAGUGACAGGCAGAGAGCAGCAGCGCCAGUUUUGUUACCCUCUGUGGUGGUUACGCACAGACUCGUGUUUUGCUGGUCAGCUGUCUCCAUCUCUGAGGCCAGUGCCAGGAAUCCCAGUAUUGGAUGACCCUGCUAGUGUCCACAGGUCUGUUUGCCCAGCCAGUUCCAGUGGACUUGCUGGCCAUGGAGUGUGUGUCUCCAGUUGAAAAGAGAUACACGUUAUUGCCAUCUCUGGAUGCUUGACAUGGUGGAAAAUUGUCAGAUGGGGUGAUACAUGCCAACAUUGGCUUUGAUGCUUAAAAAUGUUGCUCUUAGGGUUUUACAUUCUGUGUAAUAAGAAUAAUAAGACUGGCUUUGUUCAGAUGGUAAUUAUUAUUAAAGCUGUGUAUGCUUUACUUAACAAAAUAUUAAACACAAUUUUUAAUGUUGCGCUGAGGUAUAAUUUUGAAUGUGGGUUUAUUGGAAUAUAGAGUGUUGAGAUACGUCACUGAGAUGCCCUUGAAGUGAACAGUUUUCCUGUGUUCCCCCCAGCUGCUCUCCGGCUGAAAGGGAGAGCUGUCACUGGAAGCUUGGCCCUGUCCCCAGUCCGGGGAGGGGUGGACGGGGGAGGAGUGAGAGGGGAGAGUCCUGUGGGCAAACCAUAGCGGAGCUUGGAGAUUCACCGGCAACUUGAUCCUGAUAUGAAAUGUGCACUGCUGUAAGAUGGACUGAGGAUUACAUGGAGUAAUGAGAAAGAUGGGCUUCGUUUCCCUGGACCCAGUUCCUGGAGAUAUCAACCCUUGGACAGCCUCACUUAGGCAGUCCUGACCCAAGAGGUUAGCUGAGUUGGAAGGAACUUGUCUACGAUGGAGAAAGCACUAUACUUGAUGUGUACCUCUAGAUAAUGUGCCUGGAAGAAGUUGACCACUGUUAUUGUGCACAUGGUGAUCUGUGUUUUUUGUUUUUGAGCUCUGUUCUUUAUUCCUGCAGGAAUAGAAGAAAAUUUUUUAGGGUUUACCCAGAUAAUCAAGGGAGUGGGGACACCAGUGGCUGUUUCAGAUGAUCGUUGGUCAGAAGGCCAGCCCAGAGCCCAAGGUCUGGAUUAUAAGAAGUUCUGCACUUGACAAAGACUGACCCAGGUUUAUUUUCCACAUCAGUUGUGAUCCUGUAUAAUCUUUCUCCUUGAAUUUAUGUAGAGACAGGCGUGGAAUACAGUCCACGUUUUCCUCCUAGAGCUGAGUUUUUUCCUGAUGCUUCCCUGUCAAGUAUCCUGUUGUGUCCACACAAUCUAUUUUUCCCCGUAAUUGCAAAUUACGCAUUUAUACAUGAAAAUGUUAAUUCAUUAAAUGAUUGUUAACCUUAAAGCUUAUUUUACUGUGACUUCUGCUAUCUGUUAUAUUGUCAUAUUAUGUUAUCUGUUAUAUUUUCCUGCUUUGUCCUGAGCAGUAAGAAUGGGUGCAAUUGAGCAUCCCUCACUGCUCAGUCAAGACGUGGUCACAUCAGAAAAAUCACUAGAUUCUUACAAUAGCUCUGUCAGGUGGGUGUCCAGGUGUUGCUGGCUGGAUGCUGGAGUCUCCGAAGUUACAUGCUUUUCUCAGGACCAUGCAGGUGGAAACUGAAACAGGUUCAUAUCUGAUAUUGAAAAACCUUUUUCUUCUUUACCAUGUGCAUAUAAUUCCCAUAAGAAUGUAUGGAUGUCAUUUGUAGUCAGACUUUUAAGAUCAUUAUUAGGAAACUGACUGUAACUUAUUUGACCCAAUCAACUUGAUUGGUCAGUAACUUCCAGUGUCUUGGGGUACCUGACU